AUGCUUCCUGUUUGGUUUACGAACAACUUGGAUAUAGUUUCUACUUUCGUACAAGAUCAGAAUGAAGACUGCCUCUACUUGAAUAUAUAUGUCCCAACUGAAGAUGGUCCCCUAACAAAGAAAGAGACAGAUGAUUUAGGUGCUAAAGAAGGUGCAGAAGAUGAAGACAUUCGAGAUAGUGGGGGACCUAAACCAGUCAUGGUGUAUAUUCACGGAGGGUCUUACAUGGAAGGCACUGGAAAUUUAUAUGAUGGCAGUGUGCUCGCAAGUUAUGGCAACGUGAUAGUCAUCACCGUCAACUACCGACUUGGGGUACUUGGUUUCUUGAGCACUGGGGAUCAAGCAGCUAAAGGGAAUUAUGGCCUUCUUGAUCUCAUUCAGGCCUUGAGAUGGACUAGUGAAAAUAUUGGGUUCUUUGGGGGCGACCCGCUGAGAAUAACUGUUUUUGGAUCUGGCGCCGGUGGUUCAUGUGUCAAUCUCCUGACUUUAUCCCAUUAUUCUGAAGGACUUUUCCAAAGAGCAAUAGCUCAAAGUGGAACAGCUCUUUCCAGCUGGGCAGUCAGUUUUCAGCCUGCCAAAUAUGCCAGGAUGUUGGCCACAAAAGUUGGUUGCAAUGUAUCGGAUACCGUAGAAUUAGUAGAAUGUCUACAGAAGAAGCCGUAUAGAGAACUUGUCGAUCAGGAUAUUCAACCGGCCCGAUACCACAUAGCCUUUGGUCCAGUUAUUGAUGGGGAUGUGAUACCAGAUGACCCUCAGAUACUGAUGGAACAAGGAGAAUUCCUCAAUUAUGACAUUAUGUUGGGUGUUAACCAAGGAGAAGGGCUCAAGUUUGUGGAAAACAUUGUUGACAGUGAAGACGGCAUAUCUGCUAGUGAUUUUGACUUUGCUGUCUCAAACUUUGUCGAUAACUUAUAUGGGUACCCAGAAGGCAAAGACAUUUUGAGAGAAACUAUUAAAUUUAUGUAUACAGAUUGGGCAGAUAGACACAAUCCUGAAACAAGAAGAAAAACACUCUUGGCUUUAUUUACUGAUCACCAGUGGGUUGCGCCAGCAGUGGCUACCGCUGAUCUUCAUUCAAACUUUGGAUCACCUACAUAUUUUUAUGCCUUCUAUCACCAUUGCCAAACUGAUCAGGUUCCAGCAUGGGCAGAUGCUGCUCAUGGAGAUGAAGUCCCGUAUGUAUUAGGAAUUCCCAUGAUUGGUCCCACUGAAUUGUUUCCUUGCAAUUUUUCAAAAAAUGACAUCAUGCUAAGUGCGGUGGUGAUGACAUAUUACAACUUUGCAAAGACUGGGGAUCCCAAUCAACCAGUUCCACAAGAUACUAAAUUCAUUCACACAAAACCUAAUCGUUUUGAGGAGGUAGCAUGGACCAGAUUCUCAAAAGAUCAGCUUUAUCUUCACAUUGGAUUAAAACCACGCGUGAAGGAACACUACAGAGCUAACAAGGUGAACCUGUGGUUGGAACUCGUACCUCACCUGCACAAUCUUAAUGACAUUUCACAGUAUACCUCUACAACAACUAAAGUGCCAUCAACUGAUAUUACUUUCAGGCCAACCCGGAAAAAUUUGGUACCUGUAACAUCAGCUUUUCCUACAGCCAAGCAAGACGAUCCCAAACAACCACCGAGUCUAAUUUCAGGAGAUCAGAGAGACUACUCUACGGAGUUGAGUGUCACCAUUGCUGUGGGAGCAUCCUUGUUCUUGAACAUUUUAGCCUUUGCAGCGUUAUACUACAAAAAGGACAAGCGGAGACAUGAUGUCCAUCGAGAUGUAAGCCCUCAGCGUACAACUGCCAACGAUCUCACCCACGCACAAGAAGAGGAAAUAAUGUCCCUCCAAAUGAAGCACAGUGACUUGGGUCAUGAAUGUGAAUCCAUUCAUCCACACGAGGUGGUUCUUAGGACCGCCUGCCCCCCAGACUACACACUAGCUAUGAGAAGGUCACCUGAUGAUAUUCCUUAAUGACCCCCAACACAAUUACAAUGAUUCCAACACUAUACCUGGGAUUCAACCCUUACCACAGUUAAUACCUUUACUGGUGGACAGAACAGCACUCUGCCCCAUCCACAUCCUCAUC